AUGAUUGGGAUGUCCGAGUUGGAGGCGUACGUGGCACGUCUUCUCGACGAGGCCGGAGUGCCGAAUUUCAUCUGGGCCGAGCCGGCUCUCUCCAUCAUGGGGGUCGACACCCUCCCCUUUUUCAGUGGUAGGGUAGUCCCCGACGAAUGUAUUGGGAAGGCCGCGCAGGCUCUCGACGCAGCGAAGUUCCCGCCCUGCAAGCAGGGCCGCAAUGGAUGCAGCGUCUUCUGGGAGGCCCGGGCCCAUCCCUAA